AAUAGCACACCACCAUGGAUGUCUAUCCUCCAAACAGCACUUUUGCCAACACGACGCAUAUUCACUCUGCCCCUCAUAGCCUUUGGGAAGUUAUCACCAUAGCAACCGUCUCUGCCAUUGUCAGCUUGAUCACAAUCGUUGGUAACGUUCUGGUCAUGGUAUCCUUCAAAGUCAACAGCCAGCUGAAGACAGUAAACAACUAUUACCUACUUAGUUUGGCUUUUGCAGAUCUCAUUAUAGGAGUGCUCUCCAUGAACUUGUACACGACAUAUAUACUGAUGGGCUACUGGUCCUUAGGAAGCCUCGCAUGUGAUCUCUGGCUAGCUGUGGACUAUGUCGCUAGCAACGCUUCAGUUAUGAAUUUACUGGUCAUCAGCUUUGACAGAUAUUUCUCCAUCACAAGGCCGCUGACUUACAGGGCUAAGAGGACUCCGAGGAGAGCCGCCCUCAUGAUAGGUCUUGCAUGGCUUGUAUCAUUUGUCCUGUGGGCACCACCAAUUCUGUGCUGGAAGUACAUUGUAGGGGAACAAAAGGAAUCCAAGGACCAAUGCCAGAUUCAGUUUUUAACAGAGCCAGUGAUCACAUUUGGGACCGCCAUUGCUGCUUUCUACAUCCCAGUCUCAGUCAUGACAAUUCUCUACUGUAGGAUCUACAAGGAGACACAGAGGCGGACAAAGGAUCUGGCAGAACUGCAAGGACUCACAAGCGACCGUGUCUCAGAAGGAGCCAAACCGCAGAAAACUAUGAUUCACUCUUGCUUCCAUUUCACCAGAGAGAGGCGAGAAAGGAGCCAGGCCUCUUGGUCGUCCUCCAACCAAAGUAACGCCACGAAAACCACCAUUAGGUCCGAUGAAGCGUGGGUGAAAGCUGACCAAAUCGCUUCCUUUAGCUACUCCUCAUCUGACGAAGACGAGCAUCACGUUUCCAUGGAGACCCCGCAAGGAUCUUUGAGGGAUCAAAACGAUAAGAACGGCCAAGUGACGAAUUACGCAGAAGAGUAUUUUUCAACACCCUCCGAGAGCAGCAAGAAGUAUACUUCCUUUAAGUUCACACCUGGCUCCAAGGGUAAAAGAGGAAGUCCUGCACCUGCAUCUCCUCGACGUCCUGACGCCGAGCAGAAAAACGCCUCACCUUCCUCCUCCACUACCUCCAAACCGAUGGACCUGAAGAACCAGAUCACCAAGAGGAAGCGAAUGGUUCUGGUGAAGGAGAAGAAAGCCGCCCAGACGCUCAGCGCCAUUCUCCUGGCGUUCAUCCUGACAUGGACUCCUUAUAACAUCAUGGUGCUGAUCUCCACAUUCUGCGCCACGUGCAUCCCGACGUCCCUCUGGCACCUGGGCUACUGGCUUUGCUACGUAAACAGCACCGUCAACCCCAUGUGUUACGCCUUGUGCAACAAAACCUUCCAGAAGACAUUCCGGAUGCUUCUUCUGUGCCAGUGGAAGAGAAAGAGAGGUGAGGACAAGCUGUACUGGUGUGGACAGAAUGCAAAUGUCAACAAUAAAAUGACUUGAUGGGUAAUCACGGUUGAGUCGGUCAGUACGAAGAACCAGUAGACUACCAACGUCUGCCAGUAUGUCACAUCGGUCGCUUUGUCAUCUCGUCGCUCUUCCUGUGUGGUCGGCAUGAAGUGCUGCAUGUGAAUUUAUCUUGGGGUGAAAUCAGAAUGGUUUCUAAAAUAUGAAAAUUAGUCAGAAAUUGGAGCAAGUUUAUUUUUUUAAUUAGUGUAGCUUAAGAAUUAGUUGCCACCCAAAUAUGGAAUCAUGAAGGCUGCAUGUUUUUUUAAAUGUGAAAUUCCAUAAUACACACCUGACACAAUGUAGGCUUGAAUUGUUAAAAAUGAUUUAUCCUGUGAAUGAAUCAUAUAGAUUUAAUGACUUGUAUUAUUGACUGUUUUUUUUCUUCUUUUUAUUAUAGUAGUUGCGGUGCAUUUUGUUCCAAGGGCUAAUCUCUUGAUCUGCAUUACUUCCGACAGUGCUAACGUGACAUAAGUAUGCUGCUUUACAACAUUCAUAUUAAAAGUACAGAAAUCAGAAAUAUCAGGUGUAGUAUCAGUAACGCCUGGCUUGCAGUAUUUCUCUGUGGUUGAUGUUUGAUGCUGUUAUUAAAAGAAUAAUAUCACUUUUAUGCCAUUUGAUGAUGUAACGUCAAACUCUGUGCCUUCUGUUCUGCUCAGAGGUCAAAUUACAUGUCGUGAUUGAAUCUGUGGUAAUUGUCUGUGCAGUUUAGUGAAAGUGAAAAAGUGUAAAAAACAAGAAAUACAAAUUCUGUCAGAAUUAUAAUUUUGUCACUGCCUGUGUCCUGAUAUACGUAUAAUGUUUAAGUUAUUAAACUUACAUCAGAGAUAUAAGUGCUGUUUUGUCUUGGCUUGAGAAAAUUAAGUUUCACUCAUGCACACUUGAAUGAGUACCAAUACAAGAGCUGUAUCUGAAAUUUUUUUAAUUUUGCUUUGUCCAAUCCACUAUUAAAUUUCUGUGGGAGUGAGGCAAUUUUUUUAGGUAUCGUAACACCAUUUUUAUGCUCCAGAA